AUGAAUAGCCUACUGUUUUGAAGAGAAUGAGAUAUGGAUAACUUUACAAAUGAAACGCAAGUUCUGUCGAACGGCACAGACGAGGGGAGCGAGCGCCAAGACAGUGUCCGAGCGUUGAUCAUCGGUUUCCUCCUGUUCCUCCUCAUAGUCUCGACUCUGCUUGGAAACAUGCUUGUUUGCGCGGCGGUUGUAAAAUUCAGGCACCUCCGCUCCAAAGUGACCAACUUUUUUGUAAUUUCUCUGGCGGUAUCGGAUCUGUUUGUGGCGGUUCUGGUGAUGCCAUGGGAAGCUAUCUCGGCGGUAGCAGGUUCGUGGCUCUUUGGCAAUUUCUGUGGCGUUUGGAUCGCUUUUGACAUCAUGUGUUCCACUGCAUCAAUCCUAAAUUUGUGCAUCAUAAGUCUGGAUAGAUACUGGGCUAUCGCAAGCCCGUUUAGGUAUGAACGUAAGAUGACACACAGAAUGGCAUUCAUGAUGAUUGGGUUGGCAUGGACCCUGUCCAUCCUCAUAUCUUUCAUACCUGUCCAACUCAACUGGCACAUGGCAGAGGGGGACGCAGAGGACGCACACAGCAUCAACCAGACCAUAAACUGCAAAGCUAACCUGAACAAAACCUACGCCAUCUCUUCGUCUCUAAUAAGCUUUUACAUUCCUGUGAUCAUAAUGAUUGCCACUUAUACAAGGAUUUUCCGUAUUGCGCAAACACAAAUAAGACGAAUAUCCUCUUUGGAGAGGGCUGCCGAGCAAGCGCAAAAUAACUUACAUACCGACUGCUCCACUGAAAGCUCAUUGAAAACAACUUUUAAGAAAGAGACCAAAGUUUUAAAAACUCUUUCAGUCAUAAUGGGCGUGUUUGUGUGUUGCUGGCUUCCUUUCUUUGUUCUAAACUGCAUGGUGCCAUUCUGUCAGUGCGUCAGCGACACAACGUUCACUAUAUUCGUUUGGUUCGGUUGGGCGAAUUCGUCCUUAAAUCCUGUCAUAUACGCCUUCAAUGCGGAUUUUAGGAAAGCAUUUUCCUCUAUCUUAGGUUGUAACAAAAUUUGUCCAAGUAACACCGUGGAAGCAGUCAACUUCAGUAACGAACUGGUGUCCUAUCAUCAUGACACGACUCUCCAAAAAGACGCACAACCAUUAGUCAUUCCACUUCCACACGAAGUGGUCAGUUCUAGGGAGGACACUGGCUUGCCCUUUGACAAGGUGUCGGUGACUUCCAAUGUGUCUCGAAACCACAAACAUAUGCUGUUGCCAGCUAUUGGACACUAUGAGUGUGAUGGAGAGAUCUCUUUGGACACAAUCACACCAUUCACCUCCACCGCGCUCGAAUGUGAUGGAUUACCAGGCCAAAAUGAUAAGUAAUAAUAAGGGGAUUAUCAGGGAAGUA